AUGACGACAACAGAAGAUGAAGAACUUAUCAAAUUGAACAAACUGUUUGCUAAUCGAUAUACUGAUGAAGAUAAAGAAUAUAUUCAAAUGUCUAAACCACGUUCUAAAACUCCACCUAUAGUUGACGAUUGGGGUCAAGAUAAAAAUAAUUAUCGAAAUCAACGACGGUAUUAUUCAAAUGAUCGUUAUAAUAACAAUAAUGAUAAUAAUCAAUAUAAAUAUCAACAAAAUAGAAAUCAUUCACGGGAUAAUCAUUAUCGUCAAGAUCGUGAUCGGAGUCCAUCAUCAUAUCAUAAUAAUCGUCGAUAG